GUGGACCUCGCAACGCUUGCCAAAUUUGAGGAUGGGGUUCGAAAGGGCUACUGUCUGAAUGGGAAGCUAGUCAGCAUCCAGCCCCGCGUCUUGGAGGUAGCAAGGCCAAUCCCGACCGUUCAAUUUUUAGGAGAAUGAUCCCCGAAGGUAGUGUGCGAAAGUAUAAACCCGUAGGCAAGAAGGCCAAGCCGGUCUCGAUCCUAGUGGAAACGUCAAAGGAAGAGGCCAUGGAGAAGGAGGAGGAAAUCUUGCGGGCAAAAAGAGAGGCACGAGCAACGGAAGGGCAGCGCAUACCAGAUGAGGUAGAAGACACCAUGAAAAUAGGAGUGGAAGGGUUUCUAACAACGGAAGAAACUCAAUUGAUAAGAAAGGCAUGCCAGGAGUUUCAUUUAACUUUCGCUUUCAACGAUCGUCAGAAAGGACGAUUGGACGCAAAGCUAGUUCCCCCUGUCAGGAUCCACACCGUACAGCACGAGUGUUGGAAUGAUAAAGGGUCCGCCUAUGAGUUUGGGAUAGCAGCGAAGGUCAACGACCUACUUAGAGCCAAAAUAGAUUCUUUCGUCGCUAAACCCACCGCAUCUCCCUACGCGAACAAGUGGUUCGUGUUCAGGAAGCCCAAUAAGACACUCAGGUGGAUCCAGGACCUGCAGAAGCUCAAUGCGGUAACAAUUAGGGACGCAGGCUCGCUUCCACAGACCGACUUAUUGGCAGAAUCCCAUGCAAGGCGGAGCAUUUACUCCCUGGUAGACUUGUACUCAGGAUAUGAUCAGUUGCCGCUCGAUGCGAGGGAUAGACCGUAUAUCGCAAUGCACACGUUGGUAGGACAGUUGCAGAUGCAAGUGACCCCUAUGGGCUUCACAAAUGCGGUAGCAGAAACUCAGAGGAGGAUGCUCGCCGUUGCAGGGGAUAUGUUUCCGGAAAAGUGUGAACCUUACAUAGAUGAUAAUCCCGUGAAAGGCGCAAGAUACAAAGAUGAGACGGAAGUGCAACCGGGAGUGCGAAAGUUCGUCUGGGACCACUUGCAGGAUAUUAAGGACUUACUCCAGCGAUUCCUAGUCUACAACAUUACUGCAAGCGGGCCCAAGAGCAUCUUGGCCUUCCCGGAAGUAACCAUACUGGGAUUUCGCUGUGGAGCCUAUGGGAGGAAACCCGAUCCAGCAAAGACUGAUAAGAUCUCUCAGUGGCCGACACCCCUGCGUACCACGACGGAAGUACGAGCCUUCCUAAGGGUGGUUGGGUUCUGGAGGAUCUUCAUCAAAGGUUUCGCAAAGAUAGCAGAACCCAUCCGCGCGAUGAUUAGGGAAGGCGGCACUAUGGAUUGGACUGAGGAUAGGGAAGAGGCAGCCCAGACCCUGAAAGACAUCCUGUCAUCCGAUCAGGUCACGUUAGCAGCACCCUGCUUCAAUGGAGAGGUAGGACGGCCCUUCAUCUUAGAAACAGACGGGGGACCAUUGGCAGUGGAGGGAGUAUUGAUACAGAGAAGCGAGGAGGGCAAAGAAAGACCAAUCAAAUUUGAAAGUAGGACCCUGAAUUCAGCAGAACGACGGUAUUCGCAGUUCAAGAAGGAGGUCUUAGCAAUCCUGCAUUGUCUUAAGACCUUCCAGGCAUACCUGUUCGAGAGGCGAUUUAUCCUAAGAAUCGAUCCCACCAACGUUGUCGGAGCCCUAAAGAACUACAAGCCCAUAGACCCGACUGUUGGCAAAUGGAUAGGCUUCAUAUGGCAAUUCGACUAUAAGAUCGAGCGAAUUGCAGGGCUUCGAAAUAGGGCAGAUGGGUUUAGCAGGGUUUGUAUCACGCCAGAAGGAGUAGAGGACACAAAACCAAUUGACGCCUUCCUGGAGUACGAAGGAGGGACCCUUGUCGUGGAUAAUGAGAUGGCAGAUCCGGCAAUUACAACAGUGGUUGCAGAACUCAGGGAAGGACUAGUCACCACGGUCAGGCGCAAAGAGGAAAAGGACUCGUGGGGAGCAGAAGUAGGGGCCAGAGAGGAACUGAUGGCAAUGAUCGUGGAGGGGGGACGGGACUCAGUGAUGACGUUAGCCGAAGCCUGGGCGCAGAAGGAGUGUAAGUAUCUAGUCAACCUCAAUCGGGAGGAGCAGGGUACGGAUCAGAAGAAACAAGAGUUCUUCCUCAUACAGAUGUACGAGGGCGUCUUCAAAGAAAUCGGUCUGCUACUUGUAGGGAACAAACAACCCAUGGAAGUCAGUCCCAAGGCAAGGGAGGAAGUCGAAAAGUAUGUUCUACGAAAUGACCACCUUUUCAAGAAAGAGGAAGGGAUGAUACCUAGGCGUGUCGUUUGUGGGAGGUCUAGGCAGUUGGACGUAAUUCAGGCAAUGCAUGACGGGCUAGCUGGAGGUCACCGGUCGUCCAAGGGGACACUUGCAAAGAUCGUGCCCCUGUACUUUUGGCCACGGAUGGCAGGCAUGGUCGCAACGUAUUGUCAAACGUGUCUGAUAUGUCAAGAAAGGAGCGCCGUACAAGUUUACGAGCCCCUUAGACCCACCCGGGUACUGGGACCCGGACACCUUGUUCACCUCGAUCUUGCCGUUAUGCCCGUAUCGACGGAUGGGUUUAGAUACAUCUUGGAUGCAAGGGAUAAUCUUAGUGGCUAUGUAGAAGCCGUAGCCCUCAAGAAGAAGACGGGGAAAGUGGUGGCCGACUGGGUGGAAGACUUCUACCUAAGGCACCCUUUCGUGCGCAGGUUUAUAGCAGACAAUAGGACAAAAUUCGUUAACCAGGAAGUGUUGAACAAGCUUAAAACAUUGUGUGUACCGAUCAAGAUCACCGAGCCCCACCAUCCUGAGGCAAAUGCACCAGUAGAAGGGGUCACCGGACUUUUGAAGAACACAAUCGCAAAGUUGGCAGCAGAUAAUUUGGGAAGUUGGCCACGGUUUCUCAAGCAGGCAGUCUUCGCCGAGAACAUGACUCCAAAAAGAACAACGGGAUGUAUUCCAGCAGAACUCUGGUAUGGAAGGGAGAUCAAUUUUCCGAUAGAAGCUUUAGUCCCUACCUUCCACACUUGAGACCGGAAGAGUUAAUCACCGCAUGUUAUCAGCAGGUCGC